UUCACAUCCAACAAACUUCACCUCUCCUCUCCUCCAACUGUUUGAAGUGCCCUCCCCCACCCCUUUUUUUAGAUAUCCCUCUCUUACAAUGGUCUCUGUCUUAUUACUUCUUUUUCUCUCUCUCUAAAUUUGCACCCUUUCUGGUUCAUAUAUACCCAUUUACAGCCUGACUCCCAAGAAAUGGCUGGCCAGCAGACUCAUUCACACUUUACUCUCUAAUUAAUUUCUCCAGUGGUGGUGGUGGCAGUGGUUUUGGAGGCCAAAAACAUGGAAACUUUGGAGGAAGCCAUGCACAUCGUCAAAGGCAAGAGAACCAAGCGCCAACGGGUUCUAUCUCCAAUUCCUUUCUCCAUUCCCGCCCAUUCUAAUUCCAGCGGCGAUGGCAGCAACGGCGACAUUCAUUCCAACACCGGAAACAAUAACAACAACAACAACAACAACAUGGCCUCGUCGCCUGCCACCUCGGCUGAUGAAUUCGCGGAGACCGCCACCGAGGAAGAGGAGGACAUGGCCAAUUGCCUGAUUCUUCUGGCGCAAGGCCGAUCUCAAGACCAGCCAUUGAAGCCCAAUUACGACAAUAUGGGGCUGAAAUUCACCAGCAAGAGAUUCGUGGAGGCGCCGGCCACCGGCAACGGCAAGGUGGGGAUGUACGUUUACCAGUGCAAGACGUGCGGUCGGACUUUCCCGUCGUUCCAGGCCCUCGGCGGCCACCGGGCCAGCCACAAGAAGCCGAAGGCCGCGGCGGCGGCAGAGGCGAAGCGGCCGAUUGCGUUCUUGUCGGACGACGACGAAGAAGAACAAUUCAAGAUUUCACUGCAUCUGAUGAGCAAUAACAACAAUAGGCCUUUGUCUUCCAUGGCCGGCAGGUCGUCGUUGAAGCUCCACGAGUGCUCGAUUUGCGGGUCGGAGUUCACCUCCGGGCAGGCCUUGGGCGGCCACAUGCGGCGGCACCGGGGGCCUGCCCCUGGCGCCGGCACCAACACGACUUUGUGUUUAACUCCAUCAGGUUUGGAUCAGUCGUCGGCUGUUCAUAAUAACCACCAAGAAGCGAAAAAGGCGAGGACCAAAGCAUUAUCGUUGGAUCUGGAUCUGAACCUUCCAGCCCCAGAAGAUCAUCAUCAUCAUCAGGAAUCGAAGCAGCUGGCCUUCGCGUCGAAGCAAAAGCCACCGCCGCCGCCGCAGCAGCAGCAGCAACAGCAACAAAAAUCACUUGUGCUCUCCACCGCCCCCGCUUUGGUGGAUUGUCACUAUUGAUCGAGGAGGAGGUUCCCAUUUUUCUUUCUUUCUUUCUAUAAUUCUUUUCUUUCUUUCAUUUCGUUUCAUACUUUGGACCUUCAUUCACACACCCACCAUUCUUUCCAUUGUUACCAUUGAUUAAUUAAUUCCCAGUUGUGGGUUCAAUUGUUUAAUUUUUUUCCUCUUUUUGACACACCUAAUUGAUAAAUAUUAU